AUGGCCCCUUCCACCACCCGCUCCGGUCAUGGCAGCGGAAAUACCACCGCAGAUUAUCCAAAUGUUCCCUCCUCGGUGCACCCCAGUCCCCAAGCAGCUCGAGAGGGAGCUACACCCCCCAAGCGACAGUUGUCUCUAACAGCUACCAAUUCCGCCAAUAAGCGCCCAAAGGUAAAUAGCCGGUCACAUCCUAACCCGUGCCGGCCGUUUCCUGCGCCGCUCUCAUUCCGCCUUUUUUUCGCCGUUUGUGAGAUUCAGGAUGCUGGUAGAGAAGGUGGAGACAAGGGUACUUCCAGCAAAGCUGCCUCGGACCAGGGAGAGACCAACCUUCCGACUCCCUCACCAGAGCCCCAUGAGGGUCGGAAGGACGGCGGUGGUCAAGGCGGUACCGCCGCCACCAUAGCGAGCCUAGAUGACCAGCCUCUCAGCGGCGAAACCAACGCCCAAGCGGACUCCGGUGCCAGCAACGACAGUAACUGUUCUGACGAUGGUGAAGUUAGCCACUCUGAAUCCGGUUCAGAGUUGCAACAGGAACGUGUUGUGAAUGGGAAUAAUUUAAUUGCCCAGGAUCCUACGACCGCUUCUGCCAAUCAACUCCUUGGUUCAAGCACGACCGAAUAUAUAAAUCUUGACGAGAAUCCUUCUACGGGAGAGCUCCAUCAAGAUCGGGACAAUGCCAACACAGGUGUACAAAGUCCUCCAUGGAUCAGUAAAUUCGGAUAUGUUCGUCCUAUAAAUCCAACAGGCCGCACUGCGACCAUCAUCCUCCAACCCCAAGCAAACACCCAGUCUGCCGCGGCUGAACGUAGAGAACCAGACCAUUCGAUAACCAAACUGUUCAAAGAUGCUGCACCGUGUGUUCUCGAGGGUUAUUCAGUUCCGAGGUUACUCUUCCCUUCGAGCGAUUAUCUUUCCAAGGUUUCGGCAGAAAUUCAUUUCGAACAAAAAGACCAACAAAUCCAACGCCUCCAAGCGUCGAGUUUGAAGUUAUAUGUGCAAAAACCCAGUCAGAUUAUGUGCGACUUCACCAGUAUUGGACUCGAGAAUCCACACACUUUGUAUCAAGAUAUGAAGAACCACUUGAUUAACCCUGAGACCUACCAGGUCUCAGUUGCUCAAAUUCUUAUUUACGAGGGGGUUAUUGCACCUUCCAUGUGUGUUGCAAAGGAAACUACUAUCCCAUGCGUGUCACUCGCGACUGCCGGGUAUUGUUCCAAUACCCCAACACUUCAAGAGGCUGAAUGCCGGCUCAAACAAUUCAUCAGCACAAUCGCCUCUGUUGCCGAAGUCGACUCGAUGAAGAAAUCUCAAAGGACCGAGCUCCGGCGAUUGGUUUGGUUUCUUCGAUUCAAAUUGUUCAUGAUCCAAUACCGAAACGAAGCAUUCCGUCCAGACUCUGAAGCUGCCACUCGAUCAUUUGAGAAUACAUAUGAACUCAUCAAAUGCGAUGCACCGGCAUUGAAAGAUAGUAUCAUCCCCAAAGAAUGUAUUCAGUCGGCCAAAUUGAUCAUCCAGUUGAUGCAAUGUGAAAAAUCCGCAAUGUGGUUCGACACAACGUCAUAUUCGCCCCUUAGCGACAAAUCCAAGUAUCGCAAGUACAUCGAUCAUACCGUUGGUAAAAUUAUCCAACUACAUAAGGCAUCCAAAUUUCCACUCGCUACGUUUUUGGAUAUGGCCAGUCCUUUCGGAUGGAAUUGUCCAGAGGCACAGUACGUCUUUGGACUAUGGAUGGAAUCUAUUUUUCAUUUCCGAGCCGCUGGAUACUUCUUCAGCCAUGGAUAUGCCGCCGAUGGGGAACGUGGCGUUUAUGGGAUCAGGGACGUUGGUUGGAUUUGUCAUUUGAUUCAACGAAGGAAGGCCCUUGCCCGCACCUACGGAUUCAAGAUGUCCGUAGAAUCUAGCAAAGCCCGAUUCAACGAAACACAUCAUGAAGCCAGGGAAACUCAGCUUAAAGAGAUAGAAGUCGAAAAGCGCCCACCACGUGAGAUACACGACUCUAGCUACGACAUAAUCUAUGCAUCACUCGACCCCUCAGUAUUGGAGAGCUUGAUCAAGUGUACGGAAUUUAUUCCCAAGAUUAUCGUCAAAGAGCGCCUUGCAAAAAUCGAAAAAAUGAAAGUCAGGCUUCAGAUGGAAAUUGAAAAUUUUAUUGAAAAUUUUGAAGGACUUGCCAAUGCCCGGCGCUUAGGUUUCAAAAUUGCAGCGAAAUGCAAGCUCUUUUCUCGCAUUCAAACUUUGCAGGGGAAGAUAAACAGACGAGCCCGAAAGGAGCGCAGAA